GGUUUUGGGGUUCAAAGAGGGGGGGUGUGGGGGGGGAUAAGACCUAAGACCCCCCCUCCAACCGCCACCGUCAUGGACGACUCGGGCGUGAUCCGGCGGCGGCGGCUGCAGAAGGAUUUGCCGCUACCGAGGAAGAGCAGCAGCUGCCGCACGAGCAACAGGAAGAGCCUAAUCCUGACCAGCACCUCCCCGACCCUCCCGCGGCCCCACUCGCCGCUGCCCGGACACAUCGGCAGCAGCCCCCUCGACAGCCCCCGAACCUUCUCCCCGAGCCACCCCGGGCAGUUCUGCUUCGCCUCCUCCCGCCGCCCCGAUGGGCGCCGAUGGUCUCUGGCGUCGCUGCCCUCGUCCGGGUAUGGAACCAACACCCCCAGUUCGGCCGUCUCGUCGUCGUGCUCGUCGCAGGAGCGGCUGCACCAGCUUCCCGCUCACCCCACGCCCGAGGAGCUUCGUUUCCUCUCCAGACACUUCGGCAGCUCCGAAAGCCUCGUGCAGGAGGAGGGGGGGGCUCGGGGGGGGACCCCCAACCCCCGGCCCCGAUCCCGCAGCCUCAGCCCUGGACGCUCGCCCUCAUCCCACGAUAACGAGAUCGUCUUGAUGAACCACGUCUACAAGGAGCGAUUCCCCAAGGCGAAGGCGCAGAUGGAGGAGCGCCUGGAGGAGUUUGUGCGGGGGGGGGGCCCGGCCGAGGCCCCUUUGCCCGACGGCGCUUUGAGCUUCAUCCAGCACCAACUGGUGGAGUUGGCGCGUGACUGCCUGGCCAAGGCCCGCCAGGGCCUCAUCUCCGCCGCCUACUUCUACGAGCUGCAGGACAACAUGGAGCGGCUCCUCCAGGACGCGUACGAGCGCUCCGAGUCGGAGGAGGUGGCCUUCAUCACACAGCUGGUGAAGAAGCUCCUCAUCAUCAUCUCCCGCCCGGCUCGCCUUCUCGAGUGCCUGGAGUUCGACCCGGCCGGAUUCUUCCAGCUGCUGGCGGCGGCUGAGGGACAGGCGCGUGCCGGGACGCUCAAGGCUGACAUCCCCCGCUACAUCCUGGCCCAACUGGGGCUGCCGCGCGAGCCCUUCCCCGAUGUGGUGCACCUGGAGGAGCCGGACAGUGGGGGCACCAACACCCCCGAGCCCGAGGAUGGCACCGAGGGCCGCGGCGCCGUCCCCAGAGCCAAGAAGCCACCGGGUGAAAGUGACUUCGAGACCAUCAAACUGAUCAGCAACGGCGCCUACGGGGCCGUGUACCUGGUACGGCACCGCGCUUCGCGCCAACGUUUCGCCAUGAAGAAGAUCAACAAGCAGAACCUGCUGCUGCGCAAUCAGGUGGAACAGGCGUUCGUCGAGCGCGAUAUCCUCACCUUCGCCGAAAACCCCUUCGUCGUUGGGCUCUUCUGCUCCUUCCAGACCCGACGGCACCUCUGCAUGGUCAUGGAGUACGUGGAAGGUGGGGACUGUGCGGCGCUGCUCAAGCAGAUCGGGGCGCUGCCCCUCGAACUCGCUCGCCUUUACUUCGCCGAAACCGUCCUGGCCUUGGAAUAUCUGCACAACUACGGCAUCGUCCACCGGGACCUGAAACCGGACAACCUGCUGAUCACCUCUUUGGGCCACGUGAAGCUGACGGAUUUCGGGCUCUCCAAGUUGGGGCUGAUGAGUCUCACCACGAACCUCUAUGAGGGUCACGUGGGGCGCGAGGCGCGCGAGUUCCGCGACAAGCAGGUGUGCGGCACCCCCGAGUACAUCGCGCCGGAGGUGAUCCUGCGGCAGGGCUACGGGAAGCCCGUGGACUGGUGGGCCAUGGGCAUCGUCCUCUACGAGUUCCUGGUGGGCUGCGUCCCCUUCUUCGGGGACACCCCCGAGGAGCUGUUCGGACAGGUCAUCUCGGAUGAGAUCCUGUGGCCGGAGGGGGACGAAGCGCUGCCGCCCGACGCCCAACACCUCAUCUCGCGGCUCCUGCAGCCCGACCCGCUGCGCCGCCUGGGCACCGGGGGGGCCCCUGAGGUGAAGGCGCACCCCUUUUUCGCCGCUCUCGACUGGACGGGACUGCUGCGCCUCAAAGCCGAGUUCGUCCCCCAACUCGAGUCCGAGGAGGACACCAGUUACUUCGACACUCGCUCGGAGCGGUUCCCUCACGCCGCGUACGAGGAUGAGGACACGACUGAAGAGGAACCGGUGGAGAUCCGGCAGUUCUCGUCCUGUUCCCCCCGGUUCAGCAAGGUGUACAGCAGCCUGGAGCAGCUCUCGCUGCAGUCCGAGCCCAAAGCGCCCAAAGGGCGACGCGACGGUGGUGUCACACGCGAUGGUGGUGUCACACGCGAUGGUGUCACGUGUGACCGCGGAUGGCGCACGGCAUCGCCCGAGCUCGCCCCCCCCCCGCCGAAGGGCCCCCCCCCCGAGGGUGAGGGGAGCCCCCCCCUCCCCGGUGCCCGGCGACGCUUCUCAGCACUGCUGGAAACAGGGGGGCCCCCACCCCGAAAUGGGCCGCCCCCCCGCGAGGGACCCACAGAGGCAGCAGGAGAGGAGCCAGGGGAUCGGGUGCUGCGGGAGCUGCCCCCCCCCCGGGCUGAGCUGGGGCUGCGGCGGCCGCGGCAUCCAGGGGUGCCCCCCCCCGAAACCGGGGGGGACAAACGCAGCCCCCGCGCCCCCACUAAGGUCACCAAGUCGGCAUCGGCCACUGCGCUCUCCGUCAUCAUCCCCAGCGCGGAGGCGCCCGGCUCGUCGCCCCUGGGCAGCCCCAUGUCCCCCCGCUCGCUGUCCUCGGACCCCUCGUCGCGGGACUCGUCCCCGGGGCGCGAGUUGGCCCCCGCCGUGGCCGCCCCCCCGCGCUCCCCCAUCGCCAUCCCCCGCCCCGGCAAGAAGUUCGGGUUCACUCUGCGCGCCAUCCGCGUCUACCUGGGCGACAGCGACGUCUACAGCGUCCACCACGUCGUCUGGCAUGUGGAGGAGGGCGGCCCCGCCCAGGAAGCCGGGCUCUGCGCCGGGGACCUCAUCACCCACGUCAACGGGGAGCCCGUCCACGGGCUGGUGCACACGGAGGUGGUGGAGCUCAUCCUCAAGAGUGGGACGAAGGUUCUGGUGACCACAACACCACUGGAGAACACCUCGAUCCGACUGGGCCCCGCGCGGCGCCGCCCGGCUCGCGCCAAGAUGGCCCGGAGGAACCGGCGGGGCGGCAGCGGCCACGAGAGGGGGCGCCGCGCGCUGUUCCGGCACUUGGCCCGUCAGGCGUCGCUGUUGCACACGAGCCGCUCUCUCUCCUCUCUCAGCCGCUCUCUCUCCUCGUCCGACAGUCUCCCCGCCUCCCCUACCCACGCGCGCGCGCGAGAUCCGGGCGCGUCCCCUCCCCGCAGCCCCCCGGGCCCCCCCGCGCCCGCCUCUCCCCGCCUGCGGCCGAGCUCCCUGCAGGGCCUUUCGCCGAAGCUGCAGCAGCGCCAGCACCGAGCCGCCCGCUGCAAAUCCGCGGGGAACUUACCCCUCUCGCCGCUCGCCCACACUCCAUCGCCGCCCCCCCCCCGCCGAGACCCCCCCGAAGCUGGUUCCCCCCACCCCGAAACAGAGCGGGGGGGGUCGCGGGGCCCCCCCAAAACGCUGAGCCCGGUGCAGGAGCACGAGCAGGGGCGGCGGGGGGGGGGCGGCCCGGGGGGGCCCCCGGUGCCCAUUGUAGUAGUGGGGCCUGGGGGGGGGCCCGGGGAUGGGGCGAUUGGGGCCCCCCCUGCCCGCUGA